GUAGUUUGGGUAUGCGCGUGAAUUUGUUUGUCGCGUUGGAUAAAAGAAAUUUGUGGACCAAUAGAUUUGCAACACAUUCUAUACAUCCAUUGCAUAACGUAGUCUAUCGCACUGCUCUAAUAAAGCCUACGUAAGCUCCAGGGGUUGUUAUUCUUCAAUCCUUUUCUGGUUGGUCAGCGGAAUUGACUGCUUAUUCCGCCCCAACUAAAUCUUACAUUUCGUCGUACUUGACCUUGUAUAGUUAACUCUUUCAAACCUUAGUGAAAUGUUUACUUCUUACCUUUCGUACACCUUCCGUUCAACGCUACGAAAGUUUUUUACUCAUAGUUUUUCUUAACAGCGCAAUCAUAGGCCCUGACAGUAUCCGAUCAUUCUAUUGAUUUGAAAUAUCUGUACGGAGUCAUGAUCUCAUGCUAGACUAUUCGCUCUAUUCACUUGAAUAGAAACUGGGAACAACCUAGCAACUAGCAAGUAGCAAAACCUAAAAUCACAUUGAUUUAUGACCACCAUAAAGUUCUACCAGUCUUCAUUGUGGUCAUCCUAUUUUAUUUACCCUAAAAAAUCUUACAAAUAAUAAGUACACCAAGCUAAUUAUCUGCCGACACGUACACCAUGCUAAUUCUCUAUCAUAUUCUAGGGGCGCCAUAGUCCAAUACAAAGCAUGAAAUUCUUUGUGGUAGCGUUAGCUACACUUUGUGUGGCUUUCGCCGAAGAAGGAGAAGAGAAGAAAGAGAAUGAAGUGGGAACUGUCAUCGGAAUUGAUUUGGGAACAACUUACUCUUGUGUCGGUGUAUUUAAGAACGGACGAGUUGAAAUCAUUGCCAACGACCAGGGAAACCGAAUCACCCCCUCAUACGUUGCCUUUACCGAAGAAGGUGAACGUCUGAUCGGAGAUGCCGCUAAAAAUCAGCUGACCUCCAACCCCACUAACACAAUCUUCGACGCUAAACGUCUGAUUGGUCGUCCGUGGACUGAUGCCAAUGUCCAGAAGGACAUUAAAUUCUUCCCUUUCGUCACCAUAGAGAAGAACACCAAGCCUCACAUUGUUGUCGAUGUUAACGGAGAGAGGAAAGAGUUCGCGGCUGAGGAGAUCUCAGCUAUGGUUCUCGUUAAGAUGAAGGAAACAGCUGAAGCUUACAUCGGAAAGGAAAUUAAGAACGCCGUCGUAACCGUUCCCGCCUACUUCAACGACGCCCAGCGUCAGGCCACCAAAGAUGCCGGAGUUAUCGCUGGUCUCAACGUGAUGAGAAUAAUCAACGAGCCCACAGCCGCCGCCAUUGCCUACGGUAUUGACAAGAAGGAGGGCGAGAAGAACAUCCUUGUCUUCGAUCUGGGUGGUGGUACUUUCGAUGUAUCUCUUUUGACUAUUGAUAACGGAGUAUUCGAGGUUGUUGCCACUAAUGGAGACACUCAUCUUGGUGGAGAAGAUUUUGAUCACCGAGUUAUGGAGCACUUCAUCAAACUGUACAAGAAGAAGAAGGGUAAGGAUAUCCGAACAGACAAGAGGGCCGUACAGAAGCUGAGACGUGAGGUUGAGAAGGCAAAGAGGUCUCUGUCAUCCCAGCAUCAGGCCAGAAUUGAGGUUGAGUCCCUUAUCGACGGAGAGGACUUCUCCGAGACCAUCACCAGAGCCAGAUUCGAGGAACUUAACAUGGAUCUUUUCAAAUCCACAAUGAAGCCAGUAGAGAACGUAAUGAAGGACGCUGACAUGAAGAAGAGUGAGAUCGAUGAGAUCGUACUCGUUGGAGGAUCCACUCGUAUCCCCAAGGUUCAGCAACUCGUCAAGAACUUCUUCGAUGGCAAAGAGCCCAGCAAAGGAAUCAACCCUGAUGAAGCAGUAGCAUACGGAGCUGCUAUCCAAGGAGGUGUCCUCUCCGGAGAAGACCAGACCAGUGGAAUCGUCCUCCUGGAUGUGUGUCCUCUGACUCUUGGUAUUGAGACAGUGGGAGGUGUUAUGACUAAGCUCAUUGGAAGGAACAGUGUUAUCCCAACUAAGAAGAGUCAGAUCUUCUCCACUGCCGCUGAUAACCAGCCUACUGUCACCAUUCAGGUGUACGAAGGAGAGAGACCCAUGACCAAAGACAAUCAUCUCCUCGGAAAAUUCGACAUCACCGGAGUACCCCCUGCACCUCGUGGAGUCCCUCAAAUUGAAGUGACCUUCGAGAUUGACGCUAACGGUGUCCUGCACGUGUCAGCGGAGGAUAAGGGAACUGGAAACAAAGAACAGAUCACAAUCACCAACGAUCAGAACAGACUGUCCCCUGAAGACAUUGAGCGAAUGGUUAACGACGCCGAGAAGUUCAAGGAAGAGGACGAGAAAGUGAAAGCACAGGUUGAAGCCAGAAACGCUCUGGAGAGCAUGGCCUACCAACUGAAGAACCAACUCGGAGACCAAGAGAAAUUGGGCGGCAAGAUCGGAGAGGAGGACAAAGCAUCGAUGGAAGCAGCUAUCGACAAGGCUAUUAAAUUCCUGGAUGAUAACCCUAACGCCACCGCUGAGGAACUCGAAGCAGCCAAGAAGGAUAUGGAGAGUGUUGUGCAGCCAAUUGUAACCAAACUGUACGGUGAUCAGGCCGGCGGUGCACCUGAAGGUGAACAAGAAGGCGGAGAGGGAGAGAAGGACGAGUUAUAGGCACGGGACAAUCAAAUCACAUCUUAGGUUAAAUUCUCUUACCAUCCUUGCCCAUUUUAAUCACAGACUGUGGAAUUAAAGAUCCAGAUUUUUAUGUAGAAAGUAUAACUACCGGCGGUUACUCUUCUCAGUCGUUAAGUUAAUUACAGUUCAGUUUGGUUGUAGAGCUGUGCUCAAGGCCUUCUCCUAAAGUUCGCUAUCCAAGUUUGUGUUGCUAUUUUUAGAUGAUUCUCGUUUACUAAGAACUUUUUUCUGGGAAUCUGAGCACCAUUGGUAUUUGAUAUUGUGUUGACUUUGUUAUAUAUUGCAUUUUUAUGUAUUUAUUUCACUUAAAUGUUGAAUGGUUGAUAUAAGAAAA